AUGGCACCUAGACCUCCUCCUCCUACUAUUCCUAACCCGGAUAGCUCUCACUUGGUGGGGACUAUUGAGGCGAUGUUGGCAGCCAUGCAGCAGCAGAAUGCUAACAUGGUGAACCAACACAACUUGGCCUUGCAGCAGAUGGAGUCUGCUAGACUCGCAGUAGAGACCACCCAACAGAGGCACUUGGAAGCCUUACAUCAACUAGGGGAGAAUCGAUCUGCGGCUGGAUCUUCCCAAGCUCCACCACCACGAGUGCAAGAGUGGAGUUUGGAGGACUUUCUCAAGCAUCAUCCAUCCCGCUUUAACGGCAAGACCACUCCAGAUGAGGCAGAUCAGUGGAUGCGAGAUAUGGAGAGGAUUUUUGAGGCCAAAAGAUGCCCAUCAGAGAGUAGACUGGCAUAUUCUGAGUACUUGCUAGCCGGAGAGGCUGUUCAUUGGUGGUCUAGCAUGAAGAUGAUGUUAGAAGACAGUAGGGAGGCCAUCACUUGGGAGCUAUUCAAGAAGAAGUUCUAUGCUGAGUACUUCCCAGACAGUGUGAGGUAUGCCAAGGAAGUGGAGUUUUUACAGUUGAUGCAAGGGGAGAUGUCUGUAUCCGAGUAUGCAGAAAAGUUCAAGCACUUGGGCAGAUUCCACACCUUGAGGAUGGCAGAAGACUGGCAGUGUAGGAAGUUUGAGAAUGGGUUGAGAGGUGAUCUCAAACUCAUGGUGGCUCCACUCUCUAUAAAGGAGUUCCCCGCUUUGGUAGAAAAAGCAAGAGUAAUGGAGAAGCUGAAAGCGGAAGUAGAGGCUCAGCAGCGGUCUCAACAGAAGGUGGGAGGACCAUCUGGGUCCACGAGCCGACAGGAUGAUAGGAGGAAACCCUACUCCAGACCUCCGCCUCAGGGGUCCAGGAGAUUCUCACCGCAGUCACAUCAGUCUCCUCAGCAUCAGUCCCCUCAGCACCUUUCUCCCAGACCUCGGUGUUUUCAGUGCGGAGGGCCCCACAUGAGGAGCGCUUGUCCUCAUCUUGGUAGUAGGCGGGCGUGUUAUAAAUGUGGCCAGGAAGGUCACAUUAUCAGGGAUUGCCCCACUGGCAGGAGCACAGUGCCAAGACUUUCGGCGCAGUCACAGCCACAGCAGACACGAGGAAGUGUUAGACCUCAGGCAGCUGGCCGAGUAUAUGCCAUGACGGGCACAGAGGCGAACAGAGCAGGUAACCUCGUCUUUGGGUCUUGCAUGAUUGAUGGUAAGAGCCUAUGUGUACUAUACGAUUCAGGAGCGACACACUCUUUUGUGUCGGAGUCUAUAGUGUUGGAGUUGGGUCUUCCGGCGAAGGAGCUCCAGUAUGACCUGGUGGUAUCCACGCCUGCUUCUGGGUUGAUCAGAACCUCGACCGUGUUGCUAGGUGCUGGGUUGAGGUUGAGGGACGCCAAUACCGGGCAAACCUGA